AUGGCCGACAACGAAACGUCCGCGAUAGAACAUUUCAACACCGCAGCGGUCCACUACGAGAAAUAUACAGGCGGAUGCACGCGGCAGCUUGUGCGGCUGCUGCUGGACCUCCCGGAGCUCGCCGACGCGGGCGCUCCCGAGUCGGUUACGGAAGGAACAGUGCCGGGGAUUCACGUCGUCGACCCUGCUGUAAACAUGGUCAACAUUGCCCGAGGCAAGCUAGACGCCUUCAACGGCGAGCAUCGAUAUAAGAUCUCGAGCAACGUGAUGCCCGGCGAGCGUCUGAACUUUGACGAGAACACGUUCACGCACAGCAUCACGAACCUCGGCAUUCUCUUCUUCUCGGACGGCCUGGCGGGAGCGAAGAAGAUCCAUCGAACGCUCCGGCCCGGUUGCGUAGCUGCGGUCACAUCCUGGUCCGACCUCGGCUACUUUGAACCCAUUAUCAAACUGGAGAUCAGGCCCGGCGAGAGUCCCCACCAGCUUCCCAUUUCUCCCGACUGGCUGUCCCCGGCAUCUCUAGAAUCUAUUUUGGGCCAGUGUGGAUUUCGCGAUGUUAAGGUGUCUGCGAUGAAAGUUCACUUCGCGGCGGCGACGCUGGAAGAGCUUGUCGAUUUGCUGGCUGACGCGUUUCAGGUUAUAUGGAAGGACUGGCUCGACGAUGAGAAGGCAAGGUUCCGUGGGGUGGUUCACGAGAAGACCUCACGCAUCGCUGAGGAGUACACGAUGGUGGACGGAGAGAAGGGUCAGUUCUGGCCCGCUUAUGAACACCGGUAG